GCAAACAAAUAACAAUAUAAAAUAGCAGCUCUUUAUUAGUGUUUUUGGUGUUGUUUUCAUGUCAGUGAUUUGUCUGAUCUGUAGUUUUUAUUCUUUCUCGUCCCAGCAUGCACCACAAUGACUUCCUGUGAGCUGUGCCUCGCCAAUGUCUCGUGUUUGUGGUGCCAGACGAACAGCAGCUGCACAGAUUAUCCGGUGUCGUAUGUGAUUCCUCCGGCGUCGGUGUGUGAGCUCUCUCAGGCUCGCUGGGGUGUUUGCUGGGUGAACUUCGAGGCUCUGAUCAUCGCGAUGGCCGUGGUGUGUGGGACUCUGCUGCUGGCCGUCACCGUCUGCUGCUGCUGCUGCUGCUGCUGUAAACGCAGACGCUCGUCCAGUUUUGACAGUGAUGAUGAGCAGUUUGCGCGGAGAAGAGAGGAGAUCAGACAGCGAGCAGAUGAACGGAGGGCGGAGAGGAAGGUGAAACAUGAUGAAAUCCGCAAGAAGUACGGAAUGAGGUGAAAUGUAAAUGCACUCGGCGCCUGCGAUCGCGAGAGAGAAACCCAGAGCCGCGGCGGAGGCCAGGAGGACGAACCCUCGCAGCUGCUGCGCAAAAACCCACGGAAAACCCCACGACCUUGAGACAAGCUGAAGGAGAAGAUGUUUGGGUUCGUGCCACAGAAGAGCAGUGAAAAUGACCUGAAGAGAGAAUUCGUCUUCCAACACACUGCUGCAUUUAUUUGGGAGUAAUUUAAAACUACUUGGAAAAAAAUUAAAUAUUUAAUAUUUAAUUGACUUUGGCCAAUUGGCUGCUAACUUUCUUUUUUGUUUAGACUCCCAUUGUUUAUUAUUUUAUUUAAUUUUUUUAUUAUUUUAUUUUAUUAUU